AUGGAUGAUAUUCCGGGAAUUUUGGCGACGGAAAAUGGUGAGUACUGUAGGGAGUACUGUAGUUUUUGGCGGGAGAAAAUUUGGAGCAUUUUGAUACCAAAUAAGCCCCGAAAUUUGAAUUUUUAACCAAAAAUCAAUUAAUUUUGAUGAUUUCUGGUCCAAAUUUUAUGAAUUUUCACAAAUUUCAAGCAAUUUUUCAUGAAAAUUCAAGUUUUUCGGGGUUUUUUGAGCAUUUUUACUCCAAAUUUAUCAAAUGCGCUCUAAUGCAAAUAAUGCGAAAAGCUCGAAAAUUCAAAUUUCCCGCCUUUUUUUGCCAUGUGGUUUUUCAAAUUAAAAAAAUUUGAAUUUUCAAAUUUUCCCGCCAAAAACUACAGUCAUAUUUGGUCUUAAAACGCUCCAAAUUUCGGCGCGAAAAAUAAAAAUUCAAAUUUUUUCCAGACCCCUUUCUACACCACCCACAAAUCGACCCCCAAAUUUCGGCGUCAAUCGAUGAAGUUACCGUAACUUUUGGUCCAAAUGCGCAAAAAAUCGAAAAAAUGAUAAUCGACGAAGUUUUGCACGAUUGGAAUCUCAAGGAAAAUGCGCAAUUUUUGGCUGAAAAUCUGAAAAUCUCGGAGCGUCGGCUGAAAAUCGGAGUUCAUAAUGGAUUUUCGUAUUUGUCGGAGCCGAUAUCGAUUAAUUUGAACGCGUCGAAUUCGAAUAUUUUGACAAAUACUUCGAGUUUGAAGAAACGAAGAGCUUUGAGCUCAAAUGAUUUGAGGUAAGUCCAGAAUUUGGAGCAUUUUGAGACCAAACAUGCCCAGGGGUACUGUAGCGCGUGAAAAUUCUGAAUUUUUUGAGACCAAACAUGGCUAGGCUCGAAAAUUUCGGGAUUUUUCGAUCUGAAAUUAGAAAAUUUUGGAUACUGUAGAAUCUACAGUAGUAUUUUUUGCGCGAAGUUUGAAAAUUUGAAAAUUUUGAAUUUCAAAAUUUUCGCGCCUGAAAAUCUACAGUAACCCGGAUUUCCCCCAGCUUGUUUUGUGUCAAAAAACUGCAAAUUUUCGCGCCAAAAAAUCUACAGUAACCCGUUUUCCCUCUCAGAAAUGGUCCCGUCUCACUCUUUGUCAACUCUCGAAUCUCGAUUCCGAACAUUUGCGAAGAUCCACGUGUCGCGCUGAUCUUCUUGGUCGAAUACACGUUCGCCUACGAAGAUCGACGCAAAUUCAGUCAGCAGCCGAUUUUGAUUGGAUGGGGAGCGUGGAAACCGUUUGGCGAGGAGGCGGCGGGAAGUAGGCACAAUGUGCUGGCGAGCGGUGAGUUGGCCGGCAAAUUUGGAGCAGAAUGAGCCCAAACACGGUGUGUUUGGGCUCAUUUUUCGCGCCGCACACAAAAGUGGGCGUGGCUUAUGGGGGGCUCAUUUUGUAGAGCACUUCGAGAGCUUCAAAAUGACACCCCACACGGUGUAUUUUGAAGCCACGCCCACUUUUCUGUGCAGCUAGACAGUGAGACGACGAGAGUGGGGUUAGAGACGCGAGAGAUACCAUGCAGCUAGAUAGAUAAGGCAAGAGUCGCAGAGGGGCUAGACGGCUAGAUAGAUAAGGUUAGAGACGCAGAGGGGCUAGACGGCUAGAGAGUGUGGUUAGAGACGCAGAGGGGCUAGGCGGCCAGAGAGUGUAUGAACAUGAGAGAUACCAAGCAGCUAGAUGAGGUGAGAGACGCAGAGGGGCUAGACGGCUAGAUAGAUAAGGUUAGAGACGCAGAGGGGCUAGACGGCUAGAGAGUGUGGUUAGAGACGCAGAGGGGCUAGGCGGCCAGAGAGUGUAUGAACAUGAGAGAUACCAAGCAGCUAGAUGAGGUGAGAGACGCAGAGGGGCUAGACGGCUAGAGGGUGUGGUUAGAGACGCAGAGGGAUAUACACUCGCUCCGCUCGAGCCGCUUGCGCGGAAGAUUCCGGGGCGCUUCGCGCAAGAUUGCGGCAGACAGCUAGAGAGUGUGGUUAGAGACGCAGAGAGGCUAGAGAAACCAGAUGAUGCUAGAGACGCAGAGAAGCUAGAAAGUGCAGAAAUUUUAGAGAGACCAGACGACGAGAGUGUGUUAGAGACGCAGAGAAACACAUUUAAUAUGAGCAAUGCUAGGAAAAUGAAGGAUUGCUCAUGUUAAGGUCCUUAAAGGAAGCUAAAACCUGUAGUUUAACAUGAGCAAUUCCAAAAUAUACCGUAUCUAGACUCAUUCUGGAGCAUUUUUCAAGCUCUUUUUCUUGCAGUCAGCCUCGUCGGCGGUCCGCGUCCCAAUCCGGAAGGUGCGCUCUGCUUCCGCAACCUCCUCCACCUCCGACAAUCCGACGAUUCGGUGUUCACCGAAUCCCAGCCACAAAUCACCAUCAAUUUCGCAUUUUUCCUCGAUCAACUGAGAGCCGAGAGCCGGAUAACGAGCCUUGGCGAUGGCCCGAUAUCGGCCCGAAAAAGCCCGAAGCCUAAGCCUAAAAAGCUUGAGCCCGAGCCCGAGGAGACUAAGAUUCUGAGCUCGACGAAGUUACCCGAAAUCUCGGCGAGAUCUGUGAAUUCUGAGCUGGAAAUUCUGGAGAUCUCCAAAGAUCUGGAGGCCUUUUUGGAGCCCCUAAAACAGCCCGAAGUGGGCCCGGAAAGCCCGGUUAUCUACAGAAUUCCGGAGGAAAAACCGCAGAAUUUUUCGAGAAUUUUACACGGUCUCUACACAAGAUUGGAGUUUUUGAGGAUUUUGGAUCGGAAUUCGGAGCAGCCUGAAAUUCAGGAUGUGAAUUUGAAGAUUUUGUCGAAUUUCACCGUGGAAAAGCUGGAUCGGCUGGAUAUUCAACACAUUUUCUUCCAAUUUUGUGCGAUGAAAAAAUUUGAAUUUGCCGCCGAGGACACUACAGUAACCCGCGUCUUUUUCUCUAUAAAUUUUUAUCGAUUUCCUGAGAUGAUUACGGAGAGCAUGAUUCUGAAGCAAUUUGAGAAAUCGGAACCUGCCGCGCUUUUGAGACAUGAUGGGAAACCGGGACUUGUGGUAAGUCUAAUCUGGGGUACUGUAGAUUUUGGCGCGUGAAAUUUGGAGCGUUUUGAGACCAAAUAUGGCUAGGUUACUGUAGAUUUUGGCGGGAAAAUUGAAUUUUUUGAAUUUUUAAAUUUCGCGCGCUUAAAAAUCUACAGUAACCUGGAGGAUUUUUAGCGGGAAAUUUGAAUAUUCAAAAAUUUGAAUUUUUAAAUUUAGCGCGCUUCAAAAUCUACAGUAACCUGGAGGAUUUUUAGCGCGAAAUUUGAAUAUUCAAAAAAUUUCCGAAAAUUUGAAUUUUCAAAUUUCGCGCGCUCAAAAAUCUGCAGUAACCUGGAGGAUUUUCGGCGCGAAAGUUUGAAAAUUCAAAAAUUUGAAUUUUUAAUUUUCGCGCUCUCGAAAUCUACAGUAACCUGGAUUAUUUUAGCGGGAAAUUUGAAUUUUUUGAAUUUAGCGCGCUAAAGUUUGAUCUACAGUAACCUGAAUUUUUGGCGGGAAAUUUGGAAAUUCAAAAAAUUUCCGAAAAUUUGAAUUUUUUGAAUUUAGCGCGCUAAAGUUUGAUCUACAGUAACCUGGAUUUUAGGUGGGAAAUUUGGAAAUUCAAAAAUUUCCAAAAAUUUGAAUUUUUAAAUUUCGCGCGCUUAAAAAUCUACAGUAACCUGGAUUUUUGGCGGGAAAUUUGAAUUUUUUGAAUUUAGCGCGCCAAAAGUUUAGCUACAGCUAAAAAUUUAAAUUUUCAAAGCUUUCCGCAAAAUUUGCAUUAGAGCGAAUUUGAUGAAUUUAGGGUUAAAAUUGCUGAAAAUUGAGGUUUUAGGGUUAAAUUUUGUUAGAAAUUUGGAUUUUUGAUGGAAAAUUAUUGAAAUUCUAUCAAAUUUGGACUAAAAAACCUGAAAAACUUGAAUUUUCUACUGAAAAUCAUCAAAUUUGCAGUCAAAAUACAUAAUGGAUUCAGACGAGGAUCGUGUGGAGUUCCUCGAAUUCCUGAAUUCCUCCCACGCCACAAUUCACAUCUGGGAUUCGGAUUCUCUUCUUCUAAUCGGCACGUGUCAUGUGCCUUUAAACAAUUUGAUGCGACGCGGAAAAGAGGCGGUGCAAUUAUUCGUGCAAUUGCCGAUUUUUGGAAUUGAGCCAACGAAUUCGAGACCCGUUGGCAUGUUGGCGAUGAAAUUGGCGAAUGUUGGAUGGCCGACGACGGGGGGGGGACGAGACAAGGUGGGUAGAGACGUAGAGGAGAAUGAGGCGAGCAUUUUGAGACCAAACAUGGAUAUGUUAGAGACGUAG